GCCUCAACAGUUCCCCGAUCGAUCCACCAAGCCUAGUCCCAAGAGAGACUGAAGCAGCUGAAGAAGAACAAGCGUGACUGGGAUGGAGUUUUGCCUUCUGCUGUUAAUGAUAUGGACCUUUACGGGAAGCACAUUAGCAGGGCCUGACCAAUACAGCAGAGCCGUGGACUGGCUCGGUAGGUAUGGGUACCUUCCUCGUCCUGACCCACAUACAAGUCAGCUGCUGACGAAAGAAGGGAUUGAAGAAGCUGUUCGUACCAUGCAGAGAUUCGGAGGGCUCCGGGAAACUGGGAAGCUUGACCCGGAAACGCUCAAACUAAUGUCUAAACCACGAUGCUCUCUUCCUGAUAUUGUCGGAAGAGACGACAUACUGAGGAGGCGAAGGAGGAGGAAAAGAUAUGCACUAUCAGGCCUAAAGUGGGAUAAGACAGAUCUCACAUGGAGUAUCCACAGCUACCCAAAUCCCUCCACCUCCCCCGGCUUGGCUAACAAUGACGUGGAAAGCCUCCUGACUCAUGCCUUCAAAGCCUGGAGUGACGUGGCCCCUUUGAAUUUCCGUCAGCUGAGGAGAGACAACAAUGGGGCCACAGCUAACGGGGACAUCAGAGUGUCUUUUGACCACAUGUUUCACGACGAUGGGUACCCUUUUGAUGGGCAAGGUGGCACUCUGGCCCAUGCCUUUUUCCCAGGAACACUUGACAUAUCUGGUGAUACACACUUUGAUGACGAUGAGAUCUGGAGCUCCGCAGGUGAUAGCAGAGGUACUGACUUGUUCACAGUUGCAGUGCAUGAGUUUGGCCAUGCACUGGGCCUUUCUCAUUCCUCCUCUGAUCCAUCCAUCAUGAGGCCGUACUAUCAGGGUCCCGUGGAAGACAUUGCCCACUUUAAACUGGCCAUGGAUGACAGGCUCGCCAUCCAGCAGCUUUACGGUGUGAAAGAUGCUGACCGACCAGGUGGUGAUGAUCCCCACUUCCCACGCCUGCCCAGUCCACCUCCACCGAGGCCAACACAGCAUUCUGAUCCAUCAUUCCAAGAGCGGUGUCAGGGAGGCUUUGAUGCUAUAGGAAACAUUAGGGGAGAGGUCUUCUUCUUUAAAGGUGCACAGUUCUGGAGAACCCAGCAAGAUGGAUCUUUGGUGUCCUUAAAUCCGGCUCAGAUCAAAAACUUCUGGAUGGGCCUUCCAGAAGGAAUAAACAAGAUCGAUGCUGUGUAUGAGAGGAAGAGUGACAGCCGCAUCAUCUUCUUCAUCGGAGCUCAGUACUGGGUCUUCAAGGACACAGUGGCUAUGGCCGGUUACCCUCGGCCUCUCUCUGACUGGGGCAUGAAGAAGAAGUCGGGUGAGACAGUGAACAGGGUGGACGCUGCUUUCAACUGGGCUCAUAAUGGCAAAACAUACCUGUUCAGCGGAGGGGAGUUUUGGAGGUUUAACGAAAACAUUGAGAAUGGACAGAGGACCAUCCAACCAGAGCAAGGAUAUCCACGGGAAAACACCCUAUGGGAAGGAAUGCCUGCCCAUAUCGAUGGCAUCAUUAGCUGGCGAGAAGGAAAUACCUAUUUCUUCAAGGAUAAUUCCUACUGGAUGCUCACAAAUGGAGACCUGAACCAAGAUGAUGUCACACCAAAAUCCAUCGCUGUAGACUGGCUUAGAUGUCCAGCUGCUCCUUCAACUUCCACUCCAACAAAUCCUCAAUUCCCAAAAGAAUGCACCUGCAUCUUCUUGGGAUCGCAUUCAUCGCUGAGAAGCAGCUCUCUCCUCUUGAUUUUUAUUUUGCUGCUAACCAAUGAGAUUAUAAGAAACAUGAGUUUGUAAUUUUCUUGAGUCAGUGUUUACUUCUCCCUUUUUUCCACUGGCGGGUUAUUAAUAGAAUGACUUUAUGUCAUCUUACUUGCAUAAAGUUACACAAUAGUUUCAAAUUGAGUCCCAGUGGCAAAAAAAGCCUCUCUUAAACCCCCUGGGUUUUUAUAAAUACAGUUUCUCAUCUGAAACAUAUUGCGACAUUUUUGUAUUGAAUUACAAUGAGCUUUACAGAAGAAAGAAACGUCAUUUAACACCACACGCAAGCACACAGGUUACUUCUUCAUAACAAGGUCUUAUGUAACGCCUUGUGCUUGGGGUGAUAAAAAGGUAAAUCAAACAUACUUAACAGCAAAAGUCAUUUUCAUCUUUAAAUAUAUCUAUUUAUAAUUAGAUUUUGGUGCUUUUGCUAAAAUAUCAAAAUAUAUAGUGCACAAGCAGAUCUGGAUUAUGGUAAAUUGAAGAUUUUGUUUUUUUAUAUUUGUGUAGUUUUUACAAAUGUACAAUGUUUUGGUUGUUUUACAUUGACAUUAAUAGCUGUCAUUGUAGAAUAUUCUUAAGGCUGGGCUGUGUUAAGCUGAGAUGCUUAACUUUGCAGAUGAAACAUACCAAAUCCUUCAGUGGUUUUCACAGCUCGAGUCAGAUAGACUUACUGUAAAGUGACAAUAUACAUUUUGUAAAAUCUCUGUGAAAGAAAAUCUUAAACAAAACCAUUUAUAAGUUAUCAGAAACUAUUAAAAUGUCCUAAUGUUGAAUUUUAUACUUUUGGUUUUGGUUUGUAGCUUUGUCUUUUGCUUGUAACACAUAUUUCUUUGGCGUCACUGCCCUUGCCACAAGUGUGAAGGCAUGUUACCUCAUGUUGUCUUAUCUGGUUCAGAUUCAAGAUGUUUCAUUUUCAAUGAUUAAAUACUUGUCAUUCUCCAGUGACAGUUCUGUUUGUGUGUUCAGUUACAGAUUGAUGAUAGCAUUAUUAGGAACACCUCUCCCUGUUUGCAGGGACCUAUUUAUCUCAAGGACAUCAAAUACCGCCAUUACAAAAAGAAGAGC